AGUAUCCGUGGCCAUUUGGCACAACUGCAGCCGGUGGCCGGGUAGCUGGAAGGAGGCGGCAGGGUCGCUCUAUGUCGUCGGAGGGAGGCGGCGGGGUCGCUCGUGUCGCGGUCGUCGGAGGGAAGUGAGAGCUCGCUCGAGCAACCUCGGAGGGAGGCGGCGGCGUCGCUCCCGAUCGCCGGAGGAGGACAGCGGCGUCGCACGAAUGCCACGCUUGAUCGCUCGCCCGGGAUUUCUUCCGACUUGCAGGGUCGUGGAGAUCUCGCCCAGGAAAGAGCCGGGGAAAAGGCUGGUAUCCCUCCCCCUCGCGGACCACCAAAUGCGUCCCUGGGCUUACCCUGGGUUAAUGCGGACCGUGCUUUUCUGACCGUGGAAAACGACGCGAUUCCAUGCGGAGAUUCGGUCUAGCAAAUGAGCCAGUUGGAAUCAUAGGUUUCUUUGAGGUGGGGCUGGGCUGGCGCUCGGGGAGUCGGGGUGCAGCCAGCUGGGCCUGCCGAACCCGCUGCGGAAAUACGGUGAGUCGGUGCCGUGCCAGUAUUGUCAAGGAUUCGACGGGGGUCUCUCUCUUCCCCGUCUGGCCGUCUCCGCCUCUCCGGCCUCCGGCUCCGGGGCGACUUACGCCUCCUCGUCCUCGAUUGCCUUCUGUAAAAACCGAACAAGCCUCCAUCAGGUAGGGUUUACGGCCUUCGUCCUCCGUGUCUGCUUCGACCCCCUUCCUUCCAGAGGUACAUUGUGACUGCGGGCGCUGAAGAGUCUAUGGCGGAUGCAGUGAUGGACCAGGAUUUGAUCCGGCGUGGAGGCGUGGUGCCCAGCUUCGCUUUUGCCUUCAACUCGCCGAGCUUCUCUGACAGAUUUCUGCGGUUAGAGAUUACCGCCAUCGAUUCAUUGCCGGGCUCUAGCGGCGUCGACGAUGCCGGAUCCCUAGCCGACUCGGCGCGCCACCGCAAGCGUAGCCGUUUGGAGCUCCGCGAGGACAAAGAUUCUGCAAGGCACCUGUUGGACACACCUAAUCCUAAUGGCAAUGAAGUUGAGACAAAAGACUGUCAUUUAUCUGAAGAAGAUCAAAAUGAGCUUGGGUCAUUGACUGAAGAACAUCUGCCUAGCAUUGGUGAAGAUGGUGAUGAAGGACACCUUGACACUUCCCCGAGCAUGAUGGGCACACCAGCUUUACGAGUAAAAAGCAUUCCUGUAAGUUCGGUGAUACUUGCUGCAAGUAGUCCUUUCUUCCGAAAGCUCUUCACAAAUGGAAUGCAAGAAUCCAAUCAGAAGUCUGUGACUAUUAGGAUUAUGGAAACUGAAGAAGAAGCCAUGCUGGAGCUUUUAAGCUUUAUGUACAGUGGAGAACUGAAAACAAAUGAUCCUAUUCUUCUUCUUGAUAUUUUAAUGGUUGCUGACAAAUUUGAGGUCACCACUUGCAUUACUCAUUGCACGGAGCUGCUCUCAAGAUUGCCUAUGUCAAAAGAUUAUGCUCUCCUAUACCUAGAUCACCCGUGCUCCCAUUCAGUGGCAGUUGCGCUUGAGCCUGUAAAAGCUGCAGCCAAGGAAUUCCUUGCCAACAAGUACAAGCAUUUCUUGAGGUUCCAAGAUGAGGUGAUGAGGCUCCCUCUUUCUGGCAUUGAAGCUAUUUUUUCAAGCAGUGAUCUGCAAGUUCCUUCGGAGGAUCAUGUCUAUAACUUCUUGUUGAGGUGGGCUAUCGCGCAAUACCCUGAUGCAAAGGAGUGCCGUAAGAUCUUAAACACUUCGUUGUUUCCACUGCUGCGCUUCAGUCAUCUGUCCUACUUGAAGCUGCAGAAAGUCCUAGCUUUCAUGGGUCUAGACCGCAAUGAACAAGCCUCAAAUGUCAUCUCUUCACUUCUAUACAAAGCUGAUGCAUCAUACCGGCAGAAUUGUCUUGCAGCAGAUGGAGUGGCCCCUCGGAAAUAUGAGGAACGGUCAUACUCGUGUAGGCCUCUGAAAGUGAUUGUUUUUGAUCGACCCUUUCUGCAGUGCAUGGCCUAUUUGGAUCUGAAGAUUGAUGAGUGUUUCCAGUUAUUCCCCUCUGGAUGUGCAUUGUCACAGGAAUUUUGUUUUGCAGCACAUGGUUUUUUCCUCAAAGCAUGCUGUAUGAUGGAACAGCAGAGUAUGACACACAGGUUUGGUCUUUACUUGGGACUGCUGAAUAGAGGCCCAAUGCCAGUUACAUUAGACUGUGAGUUUGCUGCUAGAGAAAGACCCUCAGGAGGGUUCGUGGUUAAGUCCAAGUAUACCCACACCUUCACCGACUGCGGUCACUCAUUCGGGUCCAGAGAUCUCCUCAACUCCUUGGAUGGAGUUGAUUGCUGAUAACAGCCCAUUUUUUAUUGACCGCAUGCUGCAUUUGAGAGCAGUGUUGACGAUUAAGCAACCAUAGUCUCUGUUGAGGUAACGUGCAAAUAGCCAGUUCGAAAAAGUAAAAAGGCUAGAAGCCACUUUUCCUUUCUCUUGGAAGGUAAUAUGGUAGUUGUGUAUCCAAAUACUGAAAAACCUGCCAUAUGGGAGGUGCAACUGAAUUUGCAAACCUGGUUUCUAACGCUGUAUUGGAAUGGAUGGAUUCUGCCUGACAUGCUAUAUCUAGGUAAUGUUGUGUUUGCACUUGUGCUCUUAAUUUUGAAGAAACAUCUGUAUGCUCAAUUUGUGCAAGUCUGGUGUUCUCGGUGGAAAAAA